AUGACCACGUCAAACUCCAACUCACCCAAACAGGAAUCAGAGCAAGGUUCAAAAAAUAAUUUGCAAGAAGACUUUUCGCCCACCAAUAUCAGCAGUUAUUCAUUUACUACCAAUUCUACCAAUACCACUACAUCAUCGAAUGAUGAAAGUCAAUUAAUGUCAGAUGCCAACACAUCAUGUUUAACGCCCACAACAAAUUCCUCAACAACCAAGAAAAAGAGAAGAUCCCACUCAAAAAAAGCUGCAUGCACCAAUUGUCAUAAAGCUCAUGCUCGAUGUGAUGAAGGAAGACCCUGUGCUCGAUGUAUUCGUCUAGGCUUACAAUGUAUUGAACCCAUGAAACGAAAAACCACUCGAGAAGAACGUGCGCAACUGGUUGAAGAACAUCGAAGGCUUACCACCAGUAUGAAAUUAUUACCGAGACCUUCUUCAUCGACCACACGAUCGAAUGCUUCCUUGUCGCCUCCUUCCGUGUCUUCCUCCUUCACACCCACUCUUGCUGCGAAUCAUUCGUGUGAUAUUCAAAGGUCUACUGGUGACAUUCAUGCAAUGCAUUCGUCUUCAGUUCCGACGUCGGUGUUAUCUUUGGGUGGAUCUGCUCCUUCUUCUUCUUCUUCGUCGGUAUUAACCAUGUUGCAUGCAUCUUGUUUUCAAAACAAUCCUCCUCCUCAGUAUCAUCAACAUGGGAAUGCUCCACAACCUGUGAGCAUGUUUUGUUCGAAUCUGGAUGCAACAGGAAUGCGAGGUGUUUCAUCAAUUCAUUCCACGAUUGGCUUAUUCCAUCCACAUGUACGUGGUCAUCAUCAACAACAACAACAACAACAACAAACAACGCAACAUAGAGAAGUACAUCCUGCAAGGUUGUUUUCAAACAACUCAACAGCUAAUCCUUCCAUGAAUGAACAAAUGCGACAAUCCAUGGAUGAGCAUUCGCCUGCUGUUGUUGUCAGCCAAUAUCCAUUACUAGUAGAAACAACAAGUACUCCGACACAGAAUAGUAGUGACAAUGUUGUGUCGGCAUCUCCAUCGGUCAUUGGCAAUCCUCAAUUGAACAUUGCAAAUCAAAUCAACACCUUUCCAUACAUGUCGAAUGCUGGCGACACGAUUUCGCAAACCAUGUCGCUUUUAUCACUCUUGCAGCGUGUAUCGACCCCACUUUCAUCGUUUUCAACACAAAACCAACAACAACAACCACAGCAGCAAUCGACACCUCUUUCAUCCUAUCCAUCAAACACUAGCUCGUUAAAUGACCAUCCUAUUUCCACUCUUGAACAGCUCUUACUUCAACUCCAAACCAUGUUAUUAUCUCAACAACAACCAUUCAUGCAGAAUUUAUUCAUGCAACAGCAGCAGCCUUCUCGUCAACAACAAGCACCUGAUCCAUUUCCACCGCAACAAAUGUUAUCUCUAUUGUUGCAUCAACCAUCAGUGUCUACGGUUGAAUUAUUGAAUACCUUGUCCUCUCCUUCCAUUGGUGUUGUUUCCGAAAGGAAUCUUCCCAACUCACACAGUGUGUACAGUUCUUCUUCGCUUCCCUUAAAUCCAAAUUCCUUUCUUAAUACAUUGACCGUUCCAUCCUCAACAACAACAACAUCACUCGAAUAUGAUCCCUCCCCAAAUUUUGUUUGUUCUUCUUCUCAACCACCAAAUACAUCUUCCUCAACGUACCUUUAUGAAGAAUCAUCGAAACAGAGCUCAAGUUCUGAACAGACUGAUCCUUAUUCUUCGCAACUUGAGAAUAAAAAGUCUUCAUCACAAUAA